AUGGGUGACGUUAUGUUGCCAGGACGUCAUUUAAAUUUACGACAUGGAUUAUAUAAGAUUGAUGGCAUGCUUGGUUUUGGUCUUCAUUCUAAAGUCUACUCAGCACAUAACACAACAACAAAACAAUCCUUGGCCUUAAAAGUAAUUGAUUUGGAACAUCAAAACGUUACUGUAAGAGCAUCAACAAUAUCACGUCGACAAAGUUUUCAAAAAGAACUUCAAUAUUUAUUACGUUUACAAUCCGUUAAUCCAUAUAUUGUUCGUAUCUAUGAUUAUGAUAUAAAAAAUUCCGGUGUUAUUGCUAUGGAACAAGGCACACCACUUCGAUAUUAUUUACCUAAAUAUCCAACUUCAUCGAUACCAAAUUUACCACCGCAAACUGUAAAUCAUUUUUGGCGACAACUUGUUGAUGGUGUAAGAUUUUUACAUCGUGCCCGUGUUGUACAUUCUGAUCUUAAACCAGAAAAUCUAAUUGUUUUACCCGACGGACAAAUACGUAUUAUUGAUUUAGGUAUUUCAUUUACAUUGCCUCGUAUGGUAACAGCUAAACGACGUGUGUGGGCUGGGACACCUGAUUAUAGUGCACCAGAAAUGCAUAAGUCAUCAAGAGGUCUUCCACCUAAAUACGGUUACAAAAGUGAUAUAUGGUCAUUGGGAAUUCUGCUUCAUGAAAUGUCUACUGGUUACCGCCCAUUAUAUGCAUUAAAUAGCAAUUGUGAAAAGAUUUUUUAUUUAAAGCAUUUAUAUCGCGAUCUUCCUAUAGAUAUAAAUGUUUCACCAGGUGUUUAUGAUGCAAUGAAACGAUGUUUACGAUUUAGACCAAAAUAUCGGCCAACAUCAGAACAACUUUCUUUACAUCCUUAUACUGUAAAUGGUUUUUAG